CUUUCGUUCUCAACCUCUCUUAUAACAUCUGAACUCCGGCAUUGUAGGCAAAUUCCCACCGUAAUUCUCCUUGCAAAUCUAGUAUUCAGUCUUCCUGACAUCACCCUACCUUAGUUUCUUAAGCAUCUUCGUGAUACAUAAGCUUAAGAUCAACCCGCGUCACACUCAAGCCAGAAGAAGCACUUAUACUCAUUGGCACCAAUCUGGUUCCUGGCAGGAAUCCAAUAUCGCUGGGACCACAAUACCUCUUCCCCAACAUAACCACACGGACUCAUCGAUCCAACACACAAAAUGCCCUACAACACGACGGCGAUUCCUCCCAGGAAGGAAGUAACAGGCCAAACCCUGCUACCCCUGACACGAGUAAAGAAGAUUGUUGCCGUGGACCCAGACAUCACCGUCUGCUCCAACAAUGCCGCCUUCGUCAUUACCCUGGCAACAGAGAUGUUCAUACAGUACCUCACCGGCGAGGCACAGAACAUGACCAAACUGGAACGGAAGCCGCGCAGGAACAUCCAAUACAAGGAUUUGGCGAAUGCCGUGACCCACCAUGACAACCUCGAAUUCCUCGAGGACAUCAUCCCCAAGACGGCUCCUUACAAGGAAAUCAAGGAAAAGGCUGCAGCAGCACGGGCAAGGCUCAAGGGCGAGAAGUCGGCUGCCACGGCCGGCGAUGAGGAGCGGCCAGCCGACGGCAUGCCCAACGGCAAGAAGUCAAAGUCCAUCAUUAACGGCGGCGACUCCUCGUCAACCAACGGCUUCGCGCGGAGCCGCGUGCUGUCUGCGGAUUCCGCGGAUCCCAACGCCCAGCUGCAGGCUGAAAUGAUACAGGCACAUCAAUCGCAGGACGGUGAUGUAGACAUGACCGGUUAGAUGCGGGAUAAUUGCAUCAUCCGUCGAUAGUGCCGUCAAAAAACACACUUUUGUUUUCCCCUGUAUUCCCAGAUAUCAACAGCUGGAAGGACACAGUCUCGACGGUGUCGCAGAACCGUGUACAGGUACAGUACAGCUUCUGCCGCUGAAGACCCAAGUAAUCUUCCCCGUCACGUACCAACCCAAU